UACACACCAACACGCACACACACACGCACACAGAAGACGCCAGUCUCCAGAGAGCGGUGAUGGGAUAAGAACACACCUGGGCUGUCAUGGAUGUCCGCCUCGUCAGCUGGAUGACAUACGUCUGGAUCCAGGCCCAGAUCUGGGAUGUGCAGGGGUAUCAGUCUGGACCAGUCGAUUACGUGUCAGAGAAAGACAUUUCCCUCUUGGAGGCAGAUAAGAAUCCAAAAUGUUUCACUCGAACCCUAGAAGAUUUCACUUGCUUUUGGGAGGUUUCAGAUGACACGUCAUAUGACUUCUUCUACAAAACCGAUGAACAAGAGACCACGUGCAACCUCACACGCCAGAAAGCCGGCGGGGGCCGGUCUCUCCAAGUCUGCUCCCUCCCUGCCUCCGAUGUCUUUCUCUACGCUGUCACAGACAUCAGAGUCGUGGAGAGGAGCACCAACAGGACGGUUCUGAACCGCAGCGUCAGCGUGGAGGACCAAGUGUUGUUAGACCCCCCGACAAACGUCUCACUCAGCUUCACGGGGGAGGCGGCGCAACUCCGUGUGACCUGGCACAUGGAUGCUUCUUGGCAGAGCAAAGUGCAGUACGAGAUACGGCAUUCCGCCAACAACCUAGUGGGCAGCAAAAUUCUGAUGAAGGCCUCAUUGACGUACAUGCUGGAUUCUCUGAUAACUGGAGAGGUUUGCUGUGUGCAACUUAGAGUCAGGCCCAAUGGUUACAACACAAGAGGAUACUGGAGUGACUGGUCUCAACCAGCAGCAGCUUUGGUGCCCCAGAGAGCCGAGGACAUCGAUCUUCUGUGCCACACUUCAGACCUACGCAACAUCCAAUGCCAGUGGAAGGAACAGUCAUUCAAGGAAGAAGCCCAUUGCAUGCUCUUCUACCAGCUUAGUCCUCGUGGCAGCUGGCAGCAGUGCAUGUUCAGCAAGAGCCCUGGUCAAUGUAUCUUCUCAGGGCUGGAUUCCAGCAUCAUGCGGGUGAACCUCAGGAUCAAAGAGGGGCCACAUGAGUGGAACUUCUACACAGAGUCCUUUGCCAUGGACGAGAGCAUCAAACCAGAUCCGCCGAAAGUGCUCAGCUGGGGCAAAGAGGGCACCAGGCUGCGUAUUGAGUGGGAGCCGCCUCUCUGGAACCUGUCUGCUCACUUGGAGUAUCAGAUCCGCUACAGGUGCAACGGGGAGUCCAUGUGGAAGUUAGUCAUCCUGCAAAGCCCAAAUAACAGCACGACUUUGGACGUGCAAGCAGGGACCCAGUACCACAUCCAGGUCCAGACCAAGCCAAAUGGGUCCAUCUACAAGGGGAUCUGGAGUGACUGGUCCAACACUCUCUGCGUGGACGUGCCCUUGGACACAGAAAUGGUGUUUGUUGCAGGCAUCUUUCUCAUAUCGUUCAUUGUGGUGGCCUUGUUGAUUACAUCCUUCUCCAGAAACAUCAGGAAGAUCAAGCAGCUUCUGUGGCCCCCAGUCCCAAACCUGGAAAAGGUGCUUGAGGGUUUUCUUGCAGAUAUCAACAGAGAGUGCCAGAGUCAAACCUUCAGCGUGAAGCAGUGCUAUGAGGAGACCCCGGCAUCAGUGGUGGAGAUCGUGCAUGAGAAAAAGCCCUUUGAAGGAGGAAAGGGCCCCAAGGAGGGUGUCCUUCAGCUCCUGCUGGAGGGGAAGACAGUGGGCGAGUGCAUCACCCCACUGGAGACCUGCCCAGACUACAUAACCCUGAACCCGGAGAAUGUCAUCUCAAGCCUGAGGAGCAACGAAUAUGUGUCUGGGGGUGGGCAUCUGGUGGGAGUCGGCCUGGAGGUGUGGCAGGCCGGCCACCCCUGCUCCUGCCCCUGUCCCAGCAGUGGCUUCACUCAGUCCAUGGAUCUACUGAACCAAUCUUACCUCCUACCAGCUGAGAUGGGCAAGGGCCUGGGCUUCAGGGAGCUGGCCAGCAGAUACACCAACCUGGAGCUAGCGACUUACCCAGCUGCCUUGGACUGACGGGCUGAGGGGCCGCCAGCCACGUGGCACAGACAUGGUAUACAGGGUAACAUUCAUCAGCACCACUACGGUUUCUAGCUUCUAGCUCUGCUUGCUGCACAUAAACACUGGUUGUACUUUGUGUGACCGUAAGGUUUUCAUUCCUUCUCUAGAUAACCAGAAACUAGACUGCGUGAAAUGAAGUGACAUUUCACCUCAUUCUAUAGGUCUUAUAAGCAAGAAUAAGGCUUGAGGUUUCCUCCUACAGUCCAAAACUAUGCAGUUCAGUGAAAUGGUGCCUCGGAAUCGUUUGUGCCCUGAGAUGGACUGGAAUCUUGUUCAUAGCUUCUCCCGACUUCCUGUGAUAUACAUGCUCACCAUGACCUUGUACUGGAUGAGUGUUUGUGGAAGACGGAUGGAUAUCUACGAUUCCAGUAAGAACUAGUUUAAAAAUACAAACCAACUUAUAUGUAUGUAACCAAAUCCUUUUCAGAAUAUCAAAUAGCAAAUCUAUGUCAAGAAAUGUUUACUUAUGUCCAUUGAUCAAUUUUCCAUAUCUGCUCAUCCAGUACAAUUAUAAACUGUAAAUGAUUGCUUACUCACCAAUACUUUAUCAUCCUUUUAUAGACCCUGGGUUUAUUACAUAUUUAGUGUUAUGUAUGCUACACAUACUAUAUAUUCAUUCAUAUUUUAAAACUGCAAUUUUUUUGCACAAUAUACUGUAAAAUGAGGGCUUGUAAAUUUCUGCUCUAUAUUCAUAUAUAAAGACGACAAAGGCCAGUGUUACACCACCGCCGCAUGUCACUGAAAUGGUCACAUGACGGAGAGAGGCAGGUUGGUGUGAGGUUACCAUGCCAGCAGGGCGGCAGUAGGAGGCUUAGGUGGGUAUACGUGCACAUCUCCUGGUUACCAUGCCAGCAGGGCGGCAGUAGGAGGCUUAGGUGGGUAUACGUGCACAUCUCCUGGUUACCAUGCCAGCAGGGCGGCAGUAGGCGGCUUAGGUGGGUAUAAGUGCACAUCUCCUGGUUACCAUGGGUUACAUGUCACCUGCAUCUACUAACAACAUAUCGAUUUUGAGCAGCAUUUAAUAAGUUGCAAUUUCCCGGGGGGGUUCCACAAAUACAUAAUAUAAGGGGGGUGGACAGGCAGGCUUGAAAGCAUCAUGUAAGCUUACCCGGUAAUAUCUGAGGCAUAUAGAACUGGUAUUAUUGUAAGUUUGAUUUUAUUCAUACAGAUUAAAGUAAUUAAACCAUUA